AGACAUCCCCUUGUUGAUAAACAAAUCCCGUCCACCAGAUACCCUUUUUCUCGUGCAUAUUCUUAAUUAGACCAGCGACGCGCACCGCAGCUUCCCCGGAAAGGAAGCGUCUUCCAAAAUGCCGAUUAACCAACCCUCAAAUCAGAUCAAGUUUACCAAUGUAUCAGUCGUCAGGUUAAAGAAGGGUAAAAAGCGAUUCGAACUCGCCUGCUAUAAGAACAAACUCCUAGAAUACCGGUCCGGCGCCGAGAAAGACCUCGACAAUGUCCUCCAAGUCCCCACGAUCUUCCUGUCCGUCUCGAAAGCCCAAACCGCACCGUCUGCCGAGCUCGCCAAGGCGUUCGGCGCCGACACGCCCGCCGAUGAAAUCCGUCAAGAGAUCCUGCGCAAGGGUGAAGUGCAAGUCGGCGAGCGAGAGCGGAAAGAGAUCAUCGAGCGCGUUGAGAAGGAGAUCCUGGAUAUUGUGUCGGGUCGACUGGUCGACCCCACCACGAAACGAGUCUACACCCCAGGAAUGAUCUCCAAGGCUUUGGAUCAGUUGAGCUCGGCGAGCGGCCAGCAGCAGACACAGGGCCAGGCGUCCGGUAACGGCGAGAUGACCGGAGAAGGAGAUGAGAACCGCGCACCGGCCCAGCCACGGAAGCCACUGUGGACGGGUGUCACCGCGAACAAGUCCGCAAAGAGUCAGGCCCUAGACGCCAUGAAGGCAUUGAUCGCGUGGCAGCCCAUUCCGGUGAUGCGCGCUCGGAUGCGCCUCCGUGUGACUUGUCCCGUGUCGCUUCUGAAGCAGAGCGUCAAGGUUGUGGGGGGCGCUGGCGGAACGAACAAGGAGCGAGAGACACCUACGCCCAAGGGUGGUGGCAAGGGCAACAAGAAGGGCGGUAAGGGAUCGAAGAAGUCGGCGCGUCAGCAAGACUCCGAGGAUGAGGCUGGUGGCUCCGACGCCGAGGCGGCACCGGCCAAGAGCCCUAGCAAUGUCAAGGACAAAAUCCUCAGUUAUAUCGAGUCUGUGGAGGCCCAGGAGAUCGUUGGAGGUGAUGAAUGGGAGGUCAUCGGAUUUGCAGAACCUGGCGCUUUCAAGGGCCUCAACGACUUUGUGGGUAAUGAGACCCGUGGUAGAGGACGAGUGGAGGUUCUGGACAUGGCGGUGACCCACGAGGACUAGAUGAGGGUAUGGCUGGCUUGGGAGACCUCAGCCAAGCAUGUAUAGAUGACAUGACUGAUGACUAGAAAAAAGCGGGAAAUGAAGU